AUGCCACCCUACACAGCCACCCAGAAACAUCAAAUCGCUGAGUUUGUCAGUUGUACCCGGACAAAAGAGUCCGUUGCCACUAAAUUUCUUAAAGCAUGUGGUUGGAGUUUACCUCCAGCGCUUGAUGCGGCACUGCGAUCUCUCACUACACUGUCCAUGGCCCAAAAUGCCUCGCGUGAAGAAGACGAAGAAGAAGUGCCUGCCAUUCCCUACCUGAUUAUCUCCCUUCAGCUGCAUCUGGGCACCUCUGCAACUAUAACCUCAGAACUUACAAAGAUCUUUGAAAGCUAUCGAGAUGACCCAGUCGAGAGCCCAGAUACCAUCGGUAUCUCACGAGCAAUAGACUUCUUAGGCGAUUUGAAGGUCGAGCUCGACGAAGUAACCUGUCUAGCCAUCGCCGAGCUACUCCAAUCACCAUCAAUGGGCGAGUUUACCCGUCAGGGAUGGAUGGAUGGCUGGCUGAAAGCUCUCUGCGACACCAUGCCAAAAAUGCAAGCGUAUGCCAAAUCCCUCCGGGAGAGAAUCCCCCGAGAACCAGAUACCUUCCGACGAGUCUACAGAUACGCAUUCCCACUCUCACGAAUGCAAGGACAGCGUAACUUGCAAUUCGAAAUCGCCGCCGAGCAAUGGCGUCUCUUCUUCACAACUGACCAUGGCGGCGUGGCGUGGAACACAGAAACGACACCAUGGCUGGAUUGGUGGAUUGAGUUCCUUGAAGAGCGCGGGAAGAAGCCAGUCAAUAAGGACCUGUGGGAGCAGGUUGAGGUAUUCAUGCGCAAGAGUCUGGAGGAUGAGGAGAUGGGCUGGUGGAGUCCCGAUGGGGCUUGGCCCGGUGCACUGGAUGACUUUGUUGCUUGGGUGCAGGCUAAGAGGGGGAAGGGGUCGGAAAUGGAGGUUGAAUAA